AACGAUCUGUCCGUGAUGAACAAGCCGCAAGAGAACAGAGAAUCGGAUGCGAAAAUGAUAACGUGCGACAAAAGCAGUAGCAAAGAUCUUGAUGAUCAAAUGUCAGUCUGUUAUGGAUCUCGCGAUCUGGAUCUCACUCGUGUGAAUUUCAUCAUACAGUUCAUCAAACCGUAUUGGCAUUAGGAGCCACGACCCAUUGUACACUGUUUCGAUCUGCCCAGGCGACCCCUCCAUGUAGCUCGUUCACUUUUAGUUUCCCAGGAUGAAAAGGCAUAUGAGCAGCUACGACGAUCUAGAGCCAACACCUUUCUUCGCUGUUUUGUAAACUUUUCAGUCGUUGACUUCGAAAUAGAUACUUACGCUUCUUGUUCUUACGCCUUUAUUUCAUUUCGGAAAUGACUGCGACCGGCGGUGCGCCAGCUGCUGCGUCCAGCGACAUCCGGGAGGGCAGCGCGAAGAUCUUCUCUGUGUCAGCGGCUUCAGCCUCGUCCAAGCGGGAUGAUGCUAGCAAGCAGAAUGUCUUCUACAACCCAGCGCAGGUGUACAACCGAGAUUUGAGCAUUGUGAUACUCACAGUGUACUCGGUUAUGAAGCGACUGGAGGAGAAGGAGAAGGAAAGAAAACGAAUACUAGACGGGAAGCAAAUUUAUGAAGCUUAUGAAGGUAUGAAUCCUUCUAACUCGGAAUUUUGUGAAGCCAGCCUUCUAGGAUGGAAAUUUUGCAUCUCGUGCCCUGCUUCGUGGUAGAAGUGGAGAAAAAAUCAAUGGGAAGUAUGCUUCAAUCUGAAAAAAUCAAACAAAUCUACAGGCGUCUCCGUUCUUGAGGCCCUGGCAGCGUCUGGCCUUCGGUCUGUGCGGUACUGGAAGGAGGUCCCUUUCGUGAAAAACAUCACGGUAAACGAUUUUGACGAGACCGCGGUGAAGCACAUGAAAGAAAACCUGAAGGCAAACGACGUCCCGAGCGACAAAGUGCGGCCAAACCACGGAGAUGCCAUCAUGCACUGCUACACAGAGGGUUUCAAGGCGUAUGACGUCAUUGACCUCGACCCGUACGGCACUGCUUCGCCAUUUCUGGACGCUGCGAUUCGCGGGAUUAAGAACGGAGGGCUACUGUGUGUCACCUCGACGGACAUGCCCAUUCUCGGCGGGAACCACCCCGAAGCGUGCUUCUACCGUUAUGGCGGCACACCGCUGAAGGCGAAAUACGUGCACGAGAUGAGCUUGAGGCUGCUGCUGAACGCCAUCCAGUCGACGGCCGCGAGGCAUCAGAGGUACUGGAACGAUGGAAGACUAAUUUUUUUUUGGACAAUUUUUCUGCUGUACAAGUACAAAGACCGGCUUUCUCUUUUUUUGUGCGUUGAUUUGUGGAAGUUUUCAUUAACUCAAGAAUUUUGAAAACUCAGGGUCGUGGAGCCUCUCGUCUGCGCGAGCAUGGAUUUUUACAUUCGCGUCUUCGUCCGAGUAAGGGACUCUCCGCUGCAAGCCAAGGACUUGGCCAAAAACACGGGUAUUGUCUUCCAAUGCGUGCAGUGCGAAAGCUUCGAUAUCCAGCCUCUGGGCAGCCAAGAAUUUCCGGAGCCAAAGAAGCCCCGGUACGGUGGAGAGAACAAGCCGGGGAAGCAGGAGCAGCAGGGGAAUCGAACAGAAGGAGCCGAUGGUGGCACCAAGGCGGAUAAAGAAGAACAUGAUGCGGAAUCACAGCCAGUCGCUGAGCCGAAUUCGUCCAGCACCACCGCUCACGAUGACGAAGACAUGGAUGUAGUCGAUCCGGAAUCCCUUCUGGACAACAGAAUUCUCACCGCGGUCAGCGAAGCGCGAGCGCCGAAAAAACCUGCACAGCCAAAAAAAGGCCUGAAGUACCGGCCAGCGAAGGUCCAAAACGGCGUCGGCGGUGAGUGCAGGCAGUGCGGCGGCCGCAUGUCGCUGGGUGGACCGUGCUACCUCGGACCUUUGUACGAUCCGACUUUUUUGCACGCCUGCUUGGCAGUGUGUGAACUGAAUCUGUUUACGGCCGUAGCAGAGGAUCCCGAGGAAAAGAAGGAGGACGAGACUUCCGAUGCCAAGCGAAGAAAAGUGGACGACGUGAGCAGUAAGAACGAAGGGGAGAAGAUAAAAGUUUCCGAAGCAGGGACGAAUUCUCCUGAGACGAAGAAGAACCCAGUUCCGGAAAUCACCAAGUGCACGGACAAGGAUUUUCUUCUUCCCCACAUCACCCAAUGGAGAAAAAUCCAAGGCAUGCUCACUGCCAUGAGUGAAGAGCUCCUGGACGUACCGCUGCACUACAACCUCCCGGCGCUCUGCAGCAGCGUCCGCGCGGACUGUGUCCCCAUGCGCAGGUUUCGGGCGGCGAUAAAGAAGCUUGGCUACAGAAUAAGCCACUUCCACCGAGACGCGAACGCUGUGAAGACCGACGCGGACAACCAAGUCGUAUACGACGUGAUUCGCAAAUGGGCAAAGCAUUCCGCAGCGCUGAAGGUGAAAGAGGGAGAGGGGAAAGAACAAACAGUAAGCAAAAAGAAGGCGAAACGAGAGGCGCAGGUCGCGACUGCACUGGAAAACAAACUGCUGGACCGAGCAAUUCUCACUGACGGGGUCGAUGGACUUGAUUGGGAUACUCUGUUCGACGAAGAACCAAGUCCCGUGAUCACACCGACGACAACGGUUAAAAAAGUUGCACGCUUCCUUCCAAACCCAGAGAAAAACUGGGGUCCGAAGCCACGCGCAAAACCCACUGCGACCGCUUAGAACGCAUUCUCUUUUUACGAAUUAUGCCAGACUCGAUGAACGAACGUGACACAAGCUCUGAACCACGACAAUUGCUUAGACGCGCAU